GAGGACCCGCGCAAGCCGAUGCCCAACCCCGCUCCCAUGAAGACAGGGCAAAGACCGCUUAUCGCGUCAUGUCGGACUCUGUAGAUCGAGUCUUUGUUCAUGCCCUCAAUACCGUUAAGAGGAUUCCCCGGACCGGCACUGCGCGACCUCCCGCUGCCGAGCGGUUGGCACUAUAUGGCUUGUAUAAGCAGAGUAUGGAGGGGGAUGUGGAAGGUGUAAUGGAUCGACCGAUCGGGAAUACGUCGGAGGUGCACGCGGAGUGCGAGAAAUGGGAUGCAUGGUACGCGCAACGCGACAUGUCGCGUACCGAAGCCAAACGCCGAUACAUCUCGACCCUAAUUGACACUAUGCACGAAUACGCCUCCCAGACCCCCGAAGCGUGCGAGUUAGUCGCGGAACUCGAGUUCGUCUGGGACCAGAUCAAGUACAAUGCAGCCUCAUCGUCCGAUUCCCCACUGAAUACCGUCGGCGUCCCACCCUUAUCGCGCAGUGCGUACGGGAGUAUUGGGGGUCGGUUAGCGAAAUCAGAGGAAUAUGAUCGUCCCAGUCGACGGGUUGAUAACAGUCGACGGGAUCGGGAUUCUCGGUUACGGGUUCUUAGUCCUGUGAGUCAACCGGAGGAGGAGGAAUAUUACCGGCGGCAGAGGGGGGAUCUAGAAAACGGCGAGGGUGGAGAUCGACAUAAUGAGGACGAGGAUGAGGAUGAUGAGGAGUUUGAGGAAGCUCGUGAUAGCUUAUACGAAGAACGAGAUCAAGACGACCACCACACCGAUGACCCGGAUACUAGCUCCAACACACAUACAAAUACCGAGGCCUCCUCACAUCAUCCCAGACAUCGUCGCAAUCCUGCCUCUGGUAUUAGUACAAACAGCAGUGGGACUGGUCUCCCGCGUCGAGAUUCCCAUUCCCAUUCCGAACCACCGAAAGACAGUCGCUGGCGCCGUCGUGUCGAGCAGGCCUUGACAAAAAUGACGGCGGAGAUUGCUGCUGUGCGCGAGCAGAUGGAAGCUCGAUCUGUUGCGCAGCGUCGUCGGUCUGGUUUCUGGGCGUGGCUGAAGUGGAUGAUUUGGGUUGCUGUGCGGCAGAUCUUGUUUGAUAUUGCUAUGCUGGGCAUGCUCCUUAUCUGGAUGCGGUUGAGAGGUGAUCGCCGUGUUGAGCAGCGUCUUAAGACGGGCUGGGCGGCUGUUAAGGCGAGACUUGCGAAGUUUAAGCGAUUGAAGGUCGUGGAUAUGCCUAUCUUGCCGUAA